AUGGGAACGCUGAACACUACAGUCUCUCGUCUCCUUGUGUCUUUACUGUUCGUCUCUACUGUGUUUUAUUGUGCCAUAUAUAUCGCUGGGUUCGACAGCUUGAGGGUGAAUUAUAAUUCAUUGUAUGCGGCAUCUACCAUCCAUAAUACACCACCACAGGAACUUGGUGAAUCGGAGUUAACUACUGUCACAGUUCAUGGUGGGAUUAGUGUUGGAUAUAUACCUAAACACAAGAACAGUACUAAAGAUGUUAGCAGUGAGGCGACUGUGUUCAACGCAAGCUUGGCCCGUGUCGUACAUAACAUUACUACAAUCAGUUACCAUAGAAACGAACAGAUCGUGGACCAUUUACAUAGAAGCCAGGCGAAAAAGAAGUAUAUCUUACCCAUUCAUCACUUUGGAAGUGGUCCCAAUUUCAAUUACCUGCAUUUCAGAAUGACUCUCCUAUUUGCCUUGUACACAAACCGGACCGCGGUUGAAAGUUGGUUCUAUAUCCACUUCAGUCAAAAACGUUCACUGGGUUGGAAAUUUUUAAAUGAAACAUUUGAUAUUGACAAGAUAAGGAAUUUAAUUGACGUGGCGUACAUAGAUGAAUUCAAACGUGAAUGUAACAGCACCGUAGAUAUGGUUAUUAUGUGGCCUUCGGAUAGGGGUGACCGAGUAUUCUGGUUUAAUAAAUAUCGGGAACUAUUCCAGAAGCUGCACCAGAUCUACUUACCAGUAUUGACUGACGCCAUUGUCACAUCUGACAUCAGCGAGAUGUUGAGACGUAUUAGAAACGUUCGCUGUGUUGCUAUGUACAAACCCUUGGAAUUUUCAAAGUUAACUUUUCCGCAAAAAGACGAGCUACUACGGAACAUUGACGUCCAUCUUGAUCGGCCUAUUCAAGUGCAACACCUGGCUGACUUGCUCAGUCAAACUGUCUGUGGCGAUCGUCCAUAUUUGGCAUUGCACUUCAGGACCAAGGAGGAGGAGUGGUGUAAAUAUAAAAUAGAGAAGUGUAAUCCACAGAAAGUUUUAGCCACUAACGAAUCAGCUGAAAGAAUCGCAGAAGAUAUUGUGAAGUUGAUGGCAAUACGAAAUAUACCAUGCAUGUAUAUUGCACUGCCGUCUUACGCUAAAAUUACUGUCAGCUACCAUCGAAACAAGCAUGAUAUGAAUCAUGUACAUAUUAAUCAAAUGAAAAAGAAGUAUAUCUUACCCAUUCAUCACUUUGUAAGUGGUCCCAAUUUCCACUACCUGCAUUUCAGAAUGGCUCUCCUAUUUGCCUUGUACACAAACAGGACCGUGGUUGAAAGUUGGUUCCUUAUUCAUUUCAGUCAAAAAAAAUCGCUGGGUUGGAGGUUUUUAAAUGAAACAUUUGAUAUUGACAGUCUGAGGAAUUUACUUGACGUGGCGUACAUAGAUGAAUUCAAACGUGAAUGCAACAACACUGUAGAUAUGGUUAUUAUGUGGCCCUCAGAUCGGCCUAACCUUGAGUUGAAUUAUAAUAAAUAUGAACAACUUUUCGCGGAUUUGCAUCAAAUAAACCUGCCAGUGCUGUCUAAAGCAGUUAUCUCAUCGAACAUCAGUCAUAUAAUGACACGUCUAAAAAAUGUACACUGUGCCGCAAUGUAUUACCCAUGGGACUUUGCAAAGUUUACAUUUCCACAAAAGGAUAAUCUGCUUCGGAAAAUUGACAUUCACCUUUCACGAACUAUUUCAAUGCAACACAUGGCUGACUUGGUUACUAAAAUAAUCUGUGACGGUCGUCCGUAUUUGGCAUUGCACUUCAGGGCGAAGGCAGAGGAAUGGUGUAAGUAUAAUAUGGUAGAGUGCGAUCCGGAGAAAAUUAUGGGAACUGAAGAAUCUGCUGAACGUGUAUCAGAAGAUAUUGUGAACUUGAUGGAGACACGGAACAUAUCGUGCAUGUAUAUCGCACUUCCACCAUUUGCAAGAAAAUAUAAAUAUGUGUUUCAAAAGCGCAUUCCUAACAUUUUCACACGGGAAGAUGUAAGGAAAAAUAGUCCAUUGCUGGUCACAGAUGCCAUGCGUGACAACUACAAUAUAUCACUCUUAGAACAGGAAUUAUGUAUACGUAAGCUUUUUCUCUUUUAUCUAUGUGCGUGUGUUAAAAUGUUUGCUAUGUUAUGCGAUGGUAGAUCAUAA